AUGUCUUCAACAGCCAAUUCCUCCCUUACCUUUAGUAUAACAUCCCAAAACACUCACGCUCUGCAGCCUAAUAACAACAUUUCAAGAAAUUCCCUCUUGGUCCGUCGUCUGAUCUUGUCAAUACUAUCAUUGUUUGCAAUAAUCAGCCUCCUCAACUUCAUCGUAUGGCGUAUCAUUCAUCCUCUGCCUCCUGUUUUUGAAGUCGACUCCUUUUGCAUUUCAACUACUCCCCCAAAACACUCACCCCUCACAAGCACAGCUUAUGACAUCCAAUUCGGCAUUACAAACCCCAACAAGAAGCUGAGUGUGCUUAUGGACAAGUUCGAAAUUCUCGUUUUUCAUGGGAAAAACAUGAUUUCAAGAGAGCGGAUGGGACCUGUGUACCUAAAGAAGAUGAGCAAAAAAAGUAGCAAUAUCCCAAGGGACUUACCUCACUUGCAUGGAAAGAUGCUUAAGUUCAAAAGCAUUCGAUGGAGCAAACGGGGAGUGACCUUUGAUGUCAAAGUGAAAUUUCAAGUAAGAUACUUGGCUUGGAGUUGGUUGCCCAAGAGGGCAGACAUGGAGAUUUCUUGCAGAGAUUUGAGUGUAAGGUUUUUAUCUGCACAAGGGAAAGGAGCUCUUAUGGGUGGAAGAAGGGAAUGCUCAGCUCAUUUUCAAUAG